AAGCCUAACUUUCUGUAUCUAAAUUAUUUAAGUUCUAAAUUUAAAAUUCCCUUUGGCAAAAUAUAAUGAAAUUGAUAAAGUGUUUGAGCUUGUUACCGCGAUGUGUCUCUCCUUUGCAAAAAUGUUAUUCGACGGAAUUGAUCAGUUUGGUUGGAAUUCCUAGGGUUCGCAUAACAAAAGGCGAGAAUCGUUAUUUGUUAGUGAUGAUCCACACGCACGGCUAUACGAACUUUGGAAGAGUUAUUGUCCGGGGAGCUGAUGUCGACAACCAUUUGAAAAUUUUCGACUCCAUUUUGGAGGAAAUGGAGCCGCUGGGCAUAUGUUCAAAAUGCCUUGGCGGCGGGAGAAUUCUUAAUGAUGAGGGCAAGAAGACAAUUAAAAUUUAUGGCACCUCUAGAACAUUUGGCACUGCUGAUCACCGAAGAACUAAGAAUGUACUACAAGCGUCGUCGACCUACAGGGAUUUCAAGAUUUCUGUUAAGAAGUAAACCCCGGCGCAUAUGCUAAUUUAAUUGAAAUAAAAAUUGCACUAGCAAAAUGAGAA